GAGAGAGUGCGUGCGUGAGAGUGAGUGAGUGAGAAAGAGAGAGAGAGAGAGAGACCAAGAAACAAUCGUAGGAUCUCGUUCAUCUCGAGCGCAAGGAUUUAAAGGGCAAGUCUUCCUGGCUCAGACUUAAUGGAUGUUUUCGUUGCAUGAUUUUUUUUUUGCGGAUCAGGAUGGAGCUGUUCACCGUGAAAGGAUUACUUUUCUAAAACUGAUCUACUCUAUAGGUGAUCAAGGUCUAGCUGAUCAGGAGUGGAUGUGUAUAUGUGUGUGUGUUAAUCCUGUCCUGGAUGUGAAUCUAAAGGCUGUGCAGGAAUGCAGAAGACUCAAACAAGCCUAUAAAUCAACUUUCUGUUGAUGUUCGUGUUUUGCAGCAGACUUAGCGCUGCAUGCACGCAGCACCGUUUUCCCCUCUUUCUUUCUUUCUUUGCCUAAUGCGCCGUGACAGCGCCGCUACUUUGUUGCAAAACUGCCGCGAUCGCCGCCUCUGAUGUUGUGCUCCGGCCAGGAGGAAUGCGCGCGCGGCUGUGCGUCUAGGCUAGUGCACGGAGCCUUGAUGUCGGACACCGAGCACGAGCAUCGUCGGAGUCGGGAACAGACGUAGGACAUACACACACACUCUCUCUCUCCUCCACAUAGAGACACACACACAAAAAGCGCGCAUGAGAAGCGGUUGAGGUGUCGUAUGUUCAGGACGAGACGCGGCGCUCUGGUUCGGCGACUCUGGAGAAGCCGUUUGAUCGCGGACGGAGAGGAGGCCGAUGGAGGCAGCAGGAGCGGCGACGAUCCGGAGAACAUCUCCCAAACCGAGCCUACCCCUUUGGGAAACUCCGCGGGAUCGAGCGACACCCUGGCUCUGGUGGAAAGUCGAGGAUCAGAGCUUGUUUUAGAGCAAGAAGGCAUCCAGGUGGACAUGUGCGUCCAGGAGGAGCGGCGUGGACCUCCUCCAUCGGAGGAGAGCGACGGCGGGACGGUGACUUGCUGUUGGUUUAAAGACCUCCAUCGAAGCAAAAGUGACCUUUCUGAUCACUGGGAGAUUAGAGAGCACAGUGCGAGAGCUCGUAGAACGUUACUGGAGCAAGAACUUUCCAGGUGUGCCUAUGCGCUCCUUAAAAAGUUGAAGGAGAAACCUUUGGGCGUCUUGUUGGAGGCAGUGGAGUCUAAAGGCGCCGUGUUGGGUGGCUGUGUUGUAGCUCCUCAGGCCGAGCUGCACGUUGGAGGUCAUGCUGUGUCUCCUCAAUACCUGCUGUGUAGGUUUUUCCGCUGGCCUGACCUACAGCUCGCCUCCCAGCUGAAAGCGCUGUGCUGCUGUCAGAGCUUCGGGGCAGCUCCAGGCAGCGAGGCGCCAUGCUGCAACCCCUAUCAUUACAGCCGCCUUUGUGGACCAGAUUCACCCCCUCCACCAUACUCGCAGCUCUCUCUUAAACUAGGACAGGAGUCUCUGGUUCCUGCACAUCCAGUGUUGCCUUAUACUGAGAUUGAGGCGACAGGGUCACCCAGCAACACAUCCGGGGGUCACUCGGAUACCAGCACGUCUCCCUCAUCGCUUGGACGGACUCACUGGUGUAAUGUGGCGUACUGGGAGCACCGGAUGCGUGUGGGCCGCUUGUAUCCGGUGUACGACUCCUCCCUCAGCAUCUUCUAUGACCUACCUCAGGGCACAGGCCUAUGCCUGGGCCUGCUGCCCAACACGGGCCGCGCCAGCUCAUCAGUUCAGCGUGCACGCGCCAAGAUCGGCCACGGUAUCCUGCUGAGCCGAGAGGCUGAUGGCGUGUGGGGCUACAACCGCAGCCAGCACCCAAUCUUCAUCAACUCACCCACCCUGGAGCUCCCCCACUGCCGCAGCCCCACCGUCACAAGGGUGAUGCCAGGCUACUCGGUUAAGAUUUUUGACUAUGAGAAGUCAUGCCAAAUCGGGCACCUGUCGCACUCGGAAGGGCCGUACGAUCCAAACAGUGUGAGGAUCAGCUUUGCUAAGGGCUGGGGGCCAUGCUACUCGAGACAGUUCGUCACGUCAUGUCCUUGCUGGCUGGAGAUUCUGCUCAACACCCACAGAUAGCACAAACACACAGACACACACACACAUUCUUUGCCCAUUUACUUAAUCAUGCUUCUCUCUUUGUCUCUCUGUCUCUGUCUCUCUCUCUCUCUCUCAUACACACACAUGCACACACACACACAUAAAUUACAUUCACAAUCCCAAAAUGUAAUCUAUCUAGAUUUAAUAUAAAGUUUUAUAUAUACAUAUUAUAUAAAGGACAUUAUACUUGUAAAUAAUGAGUCCUUUUUACAGUGUAAUUAUUUAUGUAUGGUGCAAUGUGUAUAUGAACAUGAGGAAAAAAAAACAAGAUGAUCAGGUGAUGCACUUUGGAUUCUGUGUGCACACAUGGAGUCUUUGCCAUUUUUACUGAUGGAUGUGUACAGAAACCCUGGUUUUGGUGUAUAGUUUUCAUAUACGAUCAAUAUCCAGAAAAGAAAAAAAACAACUAAGUACCAUGGACACAUUGAUAAUAAAGUAUUCCUCGGAUA